AUGGGCCGAAGGAAGAUAGAAAUCAAACCUAUCAAGGAUGACAGGAAUCGUUCAGUAACCUUCCUGAAGCGGAAGGGAGGCCUUUUCAAGAAGGCACACGAGCUCUCCGUCCUUUGCUCUGUCGAUGUCGCCGUCUUUAUCUUCGGUAGCAACAAGAAGCUUUAUGAAUACUCCUCUGCCGACAUGCGUGAGCUCAUUACUCGUUACACCUACCAUGGCGGGCCAAAUGAGCACAAGGGCCCCAAUGAUUUUAACGGGGGCGGCGAUGACGACGACGACUCGGGAGUAGAGGGUACACCCCCAGAGAGAUUCGAUGGACCCCCAGAUGAUGCCACCCCAGUUCCAAGGCCAGCCACCUUUCCCACACAUGAGGCAACACACUCCCUCCGCAUCCCCGCCGAUUGCAAAUGGGGUGCCCUACCAGCAACACCCGGGCCAUCCGGUGCCGCGCGGACACACCCCCAAGGCCAGCUCGGAUCGCGCCCGGCGUCGAGGAACGAUUCGAGGAGAAUGGGUCCCGGGAUGAUGCCUCAGCCCGGCCCCCUCAACCUCCCUCGCAGCCUCAUGUCAACGGCUACGCUUUUAUGCCAAACCCAGCCAUCUAUAACCCCCAGAACCCGCCGCCCAUGCCCCACGGCAUGCCCGUUCAUCCUUCGCAAUAUCCUUACCCACCUCAACAACCCCAUGGCUCCCCGCCGCAACCUCAUCACCAGUUACCGCCUCAGUACAUGGAUGACCAGCGCCGAUCCUCGAUUCCGCCUAGCUUCCCUCCUCCUGGCCCGCAACAAGGGCCCGUCCCUCGGCCUGAACCAUCUCCUCAACAACAUCCCCAGCAACUUCCUCACCCGCCUCCCCAUAUCUCUCCCCUCCACAACCCAUAAAAACAGAGGCCCCCGCCCCACAGCAGCAGCCGCAACCUCAAGAGCCUCAACCGCCUCCGCCGGUGGAACCCAAGCCAGCUAUCCCGGAACGGCCCCAAGUGCCCUUGCUGAACACGGACACGGCGAUAAAGAGGAUGCCUCAGAGGAAACAGCACAGUAUCUUCACUCCCAUUGA